AUGACCCCUUCGCAAAUCGGUGUCAUCUUGAGAGACGCCCACGGUGUCACCCAACCCAGAAUCAUCACCGGUAACAAGGUGUUGAGAAUCCUCAAGUCGAACGGUUUGGCUCCUGAAAUCCCCGAAGACUUGUACCACAUGAUCAAGAAGGCUGUCUCCAUCAGAAAGCACUUGGAAAGAAACAGAAAGGACAAGGACUCGAAGUUCAGACUCAUUUUGAUCGAAUCGAGAAUCCACAGAUUGGCCAGAUACUACAGAACCGUCGGUGUCUUGCCUCCUAACUGGAAGUACGAAUCGGCCACCGCCUCGGCCUUGGUCAACUAA